CUAUUUAUUUUGAUUGUCAUUCCUAAUCGACCUCUUAUCUUUUUAAUCUGCGAAAGGCCGUAAACUUUAGCCCGCUAUAGAUAAAAUUGGUGUUACUUACAUAACAGAUAAUAUUCGGUUUAUCGUUUCAAAACACGAGUUUUUAUUGUUUGGUCUUUAUUUCUUAAACAUUCGUCAGUGCGAUCGAAUGUUGCGAUUGCCUUGCUAGUUAUUAUUUUCAUCGGUUGGUAACACACAAUGGGUUCUCGUCAAGUGACAACUAAGAUCAUAAACUCCCCCGAGAGCUGCGUGGAUGACAAUCUACGUGGGUUGGUGACGUUAUACCCCCAACUACAACUGCAUCCCAGACACAGGGUGGUCACUUUAAGAAGGAAGGAUGAAUCUGGCAGAGUAGCUGUUAUGAGUGGAGGUGGCUCCGGCCAUGAACCGUUUGCAGCAGGUCUUAUAGGCGAGGGUAUGUUAGACGGAGCGGUGGCUGGCGGCGUGUUCGCGUCGCCUCCGACUGGCAACAUCCUGUACGGAAUCACACAGCUUUAUAAAUACAAUUCUGGCGGUGUUCUGGUGUUGCUAGGUAAUUACACUGGAGAUAGAUUGAAUUUCGGCAAGGCUUUCGAAAAGGCUAAGAUUGCUGGAAUUAAGGUUGAAGGAUUCAUAGUGGGCGAGGACGUCGCCUCCAGCCACAACAAAACCGGUGGAAGAGGUAUGUGUGGCGAAGUGUUCAUCUUUAAGAUGUGCGGAGCGAUGUCUGCUAAAGGAAGUGAUUUAGAAUCUAUAAGGAGCAUGGCUGAGAGCGUUAAUAAAAAUAUGGCCACCUUAGGAAUUUGUCUGACUGCAUGUUCUUUGCCGGGGCAACCCCCUUUGUUCGAGACCAACCCAGGCGAGAUGGAAGUGGGAGUAGGAGUUCACGGGGAGGCCGGGGUGGAGAAGAGAAAGGUGGGCACUGCCCGGGACACGGUCAGCAUGAUCCUGGACAAGAUAGUAUCUCAUCUCAAACUAGGGUCUGGUAAUAGAGUGGCAGCUAUGAUAAAUAAUAUGGGCGGCACCUCCUUGCUGGAGAUGAACAUAGUGGCAGCUGAAAUCAAGGAUUACCUGGAUUCUAAACAGAUUAAAAUGGAACGUCUCUACUCCGGUCAUCUGAAGACAUCAUUGGAAAUGCAAGGCUUUCAAAUUUGUCUUUUAAAUCUGAGUCAUCGGGAUGGUGACUUCUGGCUCGAAUUGCUGGACGCUCCCACAACAGCGGCGGUCUGGUCGGGGGGACCUAUGUCGCGAGGGGAACACGGGCCUCAUGAAGACGAUGACAGCUUGGUAGAACCACGAGAUGAUAAGAUGAUAUCCGGUCCAGUAUUCUCUAACUCCGAGCAAGAGCUGAUGAGGUCUAGUCUGUUGAAAGCUUGUGAAAGUCUGGUCAAAAUCGAGGAGCAGCUCAACGCCUUGGACUCCGGUUGUGGCGAUGGAGACUGCGGGAUUACUCUCAAGAAUUUUGCUCAAGGGGUUCAAGGUUACCUGUCUUCGGGCAGUCUAGAGCGACCAGCUCGUGUGUUAUGGGAACUUUCUGAACUGGCGGAAGCAGAUAUGGGUGGGACUUCCGGAGGACUCUACAGCUUGGGAUUUUCUGCUGCUGCGGCGGUACUCUCCAAAGCUACAUCAAACGAUAGGAACACAUGGUUGUCCGCGUUGGAAGGUGCGAUAUCUGCCAUCAGUAAAUACGGAGGAGCGGAGCCGGGGGAUAGGACCAUGCUGGACCCGCUGCACCAGGCGGCCCUGGCGGUCAAACAAAACCUCGGCAGCGAUCUAAAAACAGUUCUGGUGAGGAUGAAGGAAGCGGCAGAAAGAGGCGCGACAGACACCGCCCAUAUGGUUGCGAGAGCUGGUCGUGCGUCCUACGUGAGUAAGAACCGUCUCCGAGACGAGGACGCGGGGGCUCGAGCAGUGUCCUGUUGGAUGAAGGCGUUGCUGGACACCGUAAUGUCAGCCAUAAACUAGGCCUUUCAUUUUCUUGAAGGUCGGACCGAAACUUGUCUGCCGUACAGACGACAAUAUUACGGAGACAGCGCUCCAUAAAUGUCAACGAAAUAAUUGUGUUAUAUCAGCUAUCCUGGACAGUAAUAUAUUUUUUUAUUUUC